AGUUACCAGACUGCGUGCUUGUUUGCAUGCGAGUUAGUGGUGUGUAGACGUGAGUGAAUCGUGAGGACUCGAUGAGGGCUGUCCUUUUCCCUUCCGCGCGAAUACGGAAUUUUUCACGGCCAAAACUACUAAUCCGGACGAGAGGACACGUUCGAAAUGCGAGAGGGAAUCCAGGAAGAGAGAGCGUGCCCAUUAAAAAUUGAGCGCGGGAGAGCAGACACUCUUCUCCUCGUCCCUUCCUAACACUUGUGGUAUCACCGAGGAUAAACUUUGACAAGUAAUGACUGCUAGCCUCUCUUGAAUGGGGUGAAUUGAAGCGCUGCUUUUUUUUGUGGACGCGAGUACGAGGCUUUUGCAGACGUCCAGAGAGGGAAGGGGAGGCGAGGGGGGCAAAGAAUACGCCCUGCCGCCACUGUCUGUUGCAGUUAUCUUCAAAUUCAAACUUUAUUGUCGACUUUUAAAAAUGCAUCUCCCACUUUAACGGGAGAUGAGAUGGCAUUUGAAAAGUCAUCUUCGUCGCUUGAAAAGCUAUCGCCUCCCUCUUUGUUAAGGGCAACUUCUGGGAAAUCUCCUUGCUUUUGGAAUAUUUUCCACUCUUCGUUGUUGCAGACUAUUAUACCCGUUAAGGACUAUCCGGGUGGGUUUGGAGCCCUGAAGCGGCCUCGCUAGGCCCGAACAUCGAAGUCUCACAUGUAGACUCAAGCAGUUUUGGGACCAAAGCAACUCUGUCUUCGUAUUAUUUGACGAACCACGCCGCAGACAUGUCUCAGGGCGCCGAGAGGAGGAUGGAAAGCCGGUUGAAGAAGUUGGAGGACAUGAUGAGAAACCCCAGGUCUGCCCUAAACCUGGAAAGUUUGCUGGACUCCUUAAAUGCUGUGGUCCUAGAUUUGGACUAUCCUGCACUUCGCAAGAAUAAAAACAUUGAAACCUUUCUAAAUAGAUAUGAGAAUGUCAUAAAACAAGUUCGAGAUCUGCAGAUGAAGUCAGAUGACUUUGACAGAGUUAAAGUGAUUGGCCGAGGAGCUUUUGGUGAGGUUCAACUGGUCAGGCAUAAAGCCUCCCAGAAAGUCUACGCCAUGAAGCUUCUUAGCAAGUUUGAGAUGAUCAAACGCUCAGACUCCGCCUUCUUCUGGGAAGAAAGGGACAUCAUGGCCUUUGCCAACAGCCCAUGGGUUGUGCAAUUGUGCUGCGCUUUCCAAGAUGAGCACUACCUCUACAUGGUGAUGGAGUACAUGCCAGGAGGUGACCUGGUCAACCUCACCAGUACCUAUGAUGUGCCAGAGAAAUGGGCCAAGUUUUACACCGCUGAGGUGGUGAUGGCCCUGGAUGCUAUUCACUCGAUGGGCUUCAUUCACCGUGAUGUCAAACCAGACAACAUGCUGCUGGACAGACACGGGCACCUGAAGCUUGCUGACUUUGGAACAUGCAUGAAGAUGGACUCGACUGGUAUGGUACAUUGUGAUACAGCAGUUGGAACCCCUGACUACAUUUCUCCUGAAGUGCUGAAAUCCCAGGGAGGCGAUGGGUAUUAUGGGAGAGAAUGUGACUGGUGGUCCGUCGGGGUUUUUAUCUUUGAACUGCUUGUUGGUGACACGCCCUUCUAUGCAGACUCUCUUGUGGGAACUUACAGUAAGAUCAUGGAUCAUAAAAACUCCCUCAACUUUCCUGAUGAUGUAGAGAUCUCCAAAGAUGCAAAGAAUAUCAUCUGGGCCUUCCUAACUGACAGGGAGGUGCGAUUAGGACAGAAUGGUGUAGAGGAGAUCAAGCGACACCCUUUCUUCAAGAACGACCAGUGGACCUUUGACACCAUCAGAGAGACUGUUGCACCUGUGGUCCCAGAGCUGAGCAGUGACAUUGACACCAGUAACUUUGACGAGAUUGAAGAAGAUAAAGGUGACGUAGAGACGUUCCCCACACCGAAGGCUUUUGUUGGAAAUCAACUCCCCUUUGUAGGCUUCACCUACUUCAAAGAAGACCAGCUACUUAAUGCUUCCAACAACUCCUCGUGUAUUAAUGAUAAUUCAAAGGGAGAGUCUCUAGCACUGCAAAAGAAGCUUCAUAACUUGGAAGUUCAACUAAAUAAUGAGAAGCAAGCCAAAGAUGAUCUCGAGCACAAAUUCAGAGCUGCCACUAGUCGUCUGGACAAAGUCGCCAAAGAACUUGAAGACGAGGUGACCAGCAGGAAAAAUUUGGAGUCAAACCUGAGGCAGCUGGAAAGAGAGAAGGCGCUUCUGCAACACAAGAGUCUAGAGAGCCACCGAAAAGCUGAGAGUGAAGCUGACAGGAAACGCUGUCUGGAAAAUGAAGUAAAUAACCUCCGGGAUCAGCUGGAUGACUUGAAAAGAAGAAAUCAAAAUUCACACAUUUCCAAUGAGAAGAACAUCCAUUUACAGAAACAGUUGGAAGAAGCCAACAAAUUGCUCCGGGCUGAAUCUGAGUCCGCUACAAGGCUCCGUAAAACUCAGACAGACAACAGCAAACAGAUGCAGCAGCUGGAGGUGAACAUGCGAGAGCUUCAGGACAAAUGCUGUCUGCUGGAACGCAGCAAGUUAAGCCUCGAGAAGGAAUGCAUCACCUUGCAGGCUGCCCUGGAGACAGAACGCAGGGAGCACAGCCAGGGCUCAGAGACCAUCAGUGACUUAAUGGGGCGUAUCUCUGGCCUUGAGGAGGAAGUACAGCAACAGAAACGAGCAUUCUCCAAAAUGGAGACUGAGAAGAGGCAUCUUCAGGAGAAGCUCACGGAUUUGGAAAAGGAAAAGAGCAACAAAGAGAUCGAUUUGACCUAUAAGCUCAAGGUGCUACAGCAGGGACUAGAGCAGGAGGAGAGCUCCCAUAAAGCCACCAAGGCUUUGCUGGCAGACAAGAACAAGAUAAAAGUAACCAUUGAGGGUGCAAAAUCAGAGUCUAUGAAGGAGAUGGAGCAGAAGCUUGCAGAGGAACGAGUAGCCAAAUUGCGGCUUGAGAACAGAAUACUUGAACAGGAGAAGCAUAGCAGCAUGAUGGACUGUGACUAUAAACAAGCUCUCCAGAAGCUGGAUGAGUUGCGCAGACACAAAGACCACCUCACAGAGGAGGUCAAGAAUCUGACACUAAAAAUUGAGCAGGAGACCCAGAAACGCAACCUUACCCAGAAUGAUCUGAAGGCCCAGAACCAGCAACUAAACUCUUUACGAACGUCAGAAAAACAGCUGAAGCAGGAAACAAAUCACUUACUUGACAUUAAACGCAGCCUGGAAAAACAGAACCUUGAGCUGCGCAGAGAAAGACAAGACACGGAUGGGCAAUUGAAGGAACUGCAAGACCAGUUAGAAGCAGAACAAUAUUUUUCUACAUUGUAUAAGACACAGGUUCGUGAACUGAAAGAUGAAUGUGAGGAGAAGAACAAACUUUUCAAAGAAGUGCAGCAGUCUCUUCAGGAACUACAAGAGGAAAGAGAUUCUUUGGCUGCUCAGCUGGAAAUCACGCUUACCAAAGCUGACUCAGAGCAGCUUGCUCGCUCUAUUGCUGAGGAGCAAUACUCUGACCUGGAAAAGGAAAAAAUAAUGAAGGAGCUUGAGCUGAAGGAGAUGAUGGCUCGCCAUCGUCAGGAAUUGUCAGAGAAGGACAUCACAAUCAAUUCGUUGGAAGAAGCCAAUAGGACCCUCACCAGUGAUGUCGCCAACUUAGCCAAUGAGAAGGAGGAGCUCAAUAACAAAAUGAAGGAGGCUGUUGAAGUAACAGAGAAGUCGAAUGAUUGGGAGCAGCAGAUUAGUCAGAUGAAGACCACAUUUGAGAAGCAACUGCAAUCUGAGAGAACACUGAAAACUCAGGCUGUCAAUAAGCUGGCAGAGAUCCUGAACAGGAAGGAGAUGCGUGCUGGAAGUAGUCGCCGUGGCAACGACACAGACAUGCGGCGUAAGGAGAAGGAGAACAGAAAGCUGCAGCUGGAGCUGAGAUCGGAGAAGGAAAAGCUCAACAGUACAAUAAUCAAAUAUCAGAAAGAGAUCAAUGAAAUGCAGGCACAAUUGGCAGAUGAGAGUCAGAUGCGAAUUGAGCUCCAGAUGGCUCUGGACAGUAAAGACAGUGACAUCGAGCAGUUGAGGAAUCUCCUCCAGUCACUCAGCGUACAAUCUAUGGACUCUGCCAGUAUCAGUAGUGGACCAGAGUUUGAUACCGAUGAUGCCUUUACAGAAACAAGGCUUGAAGGAUGGCUAUCCCUUCCUGUGCGUAACAACACCAAGAAAUUUGGAUGGGAGAAAAAGUAUGUUGUUGUGAGCAGCAAGAAGAUUCUUUUCUACAAGAGUGAACAAGACAAAGAGCAGUCCAUUCCUUAUAUGGUGCUUGAUAUAGAUAAACUAUUCCAUGUGAGGCCUGUCACUCAAACAGACGUGUACCGAGCAGAUGCCAAAGACAUUCCAAGAAUAUUCCAGAUUCUUUAUGCCAACGAAGGUGAGAGCAAAAAGGAGCCCGAAUUUCCCGUAGAGCCGCUGCCGAUCGGUGAAAAGUCCAGCUAUAUUUGUCACAAAGGCCACGAGUUCAUCCCCACAUUGUAUCACUUCCCCACCAACUGUGAGGCAUGCACCAAACCUCUAUGGAACUGGUUCAAGCCCCCGCCUGCUUUAGAAUGUCGGCGCUGCCAUAUUAAGUGCCACAAGGAUCACAUGGACAAGAAAGAGGAGAUCAUUGCUCCUUGCAAAGUGAACUAUGACGUGUCUACGGCCAAAAAUCUGCUGCUGCUCGCCAUUUCUCAAGAAGAGCAGCAGAAGUGGGUGAGCCGUCUGGUCAAAAAGAUUCCCAAGAAGCCGCCUCCUCCGGAGAAUCUUGCACGCUCCUCACCACGUGCAUCCAUGAAAGUCCAAUCCAGUCAGUCCAUUAGGAGGCCCAGUCGACAGCUCCCCAUCAGCAAAAGCAGAUCAAAUGGCUUCAAAUUGAUACGAGAAGACUCCAAUAGUGGACUAGGCUAACCUUGUGCAGGAGCACUUCUUACACUGGUGCAUCUUGAAGACAUUUCGUCUUAAAAUGAAGACUGCAUUACAGAGCUCUUCUGGCUAAUCGGCACACUGAACUUCACUUGUCCACGAGUCACCCUCUGCUUCAUGCCAUGAGUUCCUACAGCUCAUCUCUAUUAGGCUGUAAUCAAGCUUGGAGGCCCAGGAUUCGAAGAAUCUUUGACGCGGACAUUUAAGUGCGUCUUGGGGGAUUCCUGGGUCCCGCAGAACAAGAUGGGCUCCACAUACCUCAACACUCGAUUGAAUGACCCUCGUGUUUUCCAAUUCUUCAUUGUGGACCAUUGCCAAAAUGCUUUGUGUGUUACAAUUGUGAGUAUAAUGAAGGGUUUCUGUGGAAAAC